AUGGCCAUCCAAAACGUCACAAUCGUCGGAGCAGACGGCAAGCUCGGCCCAUACGUCCUCAAGGCCCUGGUAUCCUCAGGAAAAUUCAAUAUCACCGUCCUGAAGCGCAGAUCUUCUACUUCCAAGUCCAACUACCCGUCCCCGGUUCAAACGACGCAUGUGUCGGAUGACUUCCCCAUCGACGAGCUUGUCAGAACACUCAAGGGCCAGGAUGCAGUCAUAGUCACUGUCAAAGGCAGCUUGGCUGAUCUACAGAAGCGUAUUGCUGGUGCCGCUGCCCAGGCUGGCGUCCAGCAAUUUAUCCCCGCGGAUUUUGGUAGCUGUGAUUCCCAAGAAAAGUUGGUGUGUGAGCUUGUUCCGCUUUUCCAGAGGAAGGCAGACGUCCGGGAAUAUCUGCAGCAUCUGGCCUCUUGCCACGCGCACUUUUCCUGGACUUCUCUAGUCUGCGGACAUUUCUUUGAUGCCGAGGACUUGGGCUUUCUGCAUCUUGACCCUAACACGCGGAAGGCGGAUAUUCUGGAUGACGGAGAGACCCGUUGCUCUGCAAGUACGCUGGACCAGGUUGGCACCGCUGUUGUGAAAAUUCUGGAGAAGUCGGGAGCGGAAGAAAUCAAGAACAAAGUUAUCUACAUUCAAAGCUUUUGCGCAUCACAGAUGCAAAUCGUGGAAGCAUUUGAGCGGGCAACCGGCCAGCCUUGGAAAAUAAACCGCAUCGAUUCUGGAGACUUUAUACAGCAGGAAAAAGCCAAAGCCGACGCCAGCGGAGAUGUAGGCUCAGAGGCACUGGUCUGGGUUCUAGGCACAUUGUACGCAAAUUGGGAAAAGAAGGAUGGGUUUGCAAACAAGUUUCUUGGGUUGAAUGAAGAAGACUUGGACAAGGUCAUUGCUGGGUUUAUGCCUUCAGUUUGA